GAAGUCAAAUUUUUUUCAGGCACUGUAAGGGCACCCUCACACGGAAAUUCGCUGAUUACGUGUGUAAAGACCUCCAUCCAGGAUGUCCAUGCUUGCAGAACCUCGCAGAAAACAGAAGUGGUCAGUGGAUCCGAGGAACAGCGCAUGGAGUAAUGAUGAGUCCAAGUUUGGCCAUAAGAUGCUGGAGCGAAUGGGAUGGUCCAAGGGGAAGGGACUGGGGAGAACCGAGCAGGGGUCGACAGAACACAUCAGAGUCAAGGUGAAGAACAACCAACUGGGCCUGGGAACCACCGCCAGCUAUGAGGACAACUGGAUCGCCCACCAAGAUGACUUCAAUCAGCUGUUGGCUGACCUGAACAGCUGCCACAGUCAAACUGCCACUAAUGAAGCCCCAUCAGAAGAGAAACAACAGGAGAAGUCUUUCAGCCUGGAAGAGAAAUCCAAGACGUCCAGGAAGAGAGUCCACUACAUGAAGUUCACCAAAGGAAAAGACCUGUCAAGUCGCAGUCAGAAUGACCUGGCCUGUAUCUUUGGGAAAAGAGGGUCCACAUCCCGGGAUCAGGAAGAGGAAUCUCAGGAUGAGAAGGAGACCAGGGCAGCUACGAAGGUCAUGACCUAUGAACCUGAUGUAGAAGCCAUUACCAAGACAGUCACCAGCAACCUGACCAUGCAAGACUACUUUGCACAGAGGAUGGCUCAGCUGAAGAAGGGUCGUGGUGAGGCCCCCACUCCAGACUCAUCACCAGAGAGUAGUGAUACAGCGCAACAGGUUUUGGCUGACAACCCACAGGAUGUCAUAUCCAAGAAGAAGAAAAAGAAGAGGAAGAGAGUGGUGGAGGAGAACGCUGACGUGGAGAGAGAAGUGGAGGAGUGUGUUGGGGAUGUGGUUUUGGAGGACCAUGUUGAAGUGACCCAGAGCCUUUCAGAGAAGAAGAAAAAGAAGAAAAAGCUGGAAAGAGUGUUGGCGUCGCCCGGACACUGCAGUGCCACCCCUGAUGUGGAGCUGAAUUGCAACGAUGACAGAACAUCUGAAAAGAAGAAAAACAAGAAGAAACAUAAAGUUCAGGCCACUGAAGCUGACCUAGUCAAUGAACACAAACCACCUGGAGAAGAAAGGGCCGAUUCAGAGGUUGUCGACAAGAAACGGCAGGAGAAAAACAGUGAUUGGAAUGAUGAGGACAAGGAGUUGAAGGUGGAAAAGAAGAAAUGUAGAAAGGACAAGAAAAAGAGAAAGAGGGUUGAAUAAGCUCUCUCUUCCUUGUAUUUUUAUGAAUUCUCAUGGAGUGCAUCCCAAAUGGAACCCUAGUCCCUAUUAAGCACACUAACCCACAGGGCUCCAGUCACAAGAAGUGAACGUUAUGGGGAGUAACAGGCGUAGGACAUUUUAUAGUUUUGUUCUGUGAAAUGAUAGCAGGCAGGUCAGUAAAUUAUGAUGCUUUGGGGCAUCUGUCAGGGAGAUAUCAUCUUCACAUCCGUAACCCAAUUUUUGUGUUAGCGUAUCAUUAGCUUUUUACUUGUUUUGAUAACAUAAAUGCUUCAGAAUGUACAAACAUUUAUGCUAAUAUGGAUUUUCAUAGAACACAACAUCAGAAUUUCACCUGUGUUCAUCAUACACGUUAUCAGUAUUUAUCCCAAAAAAACUCCAGAAACCGAUUUCUUUUUCAUUUUCAUAUUGGUUUUGGCCAACACAAUGUUGCAGUUAUCAUCUGUGAGUACAAAAAUAGUAAUUGCUGCUUUUCUUUUUAGGGUGCCAUUUGAGGACACUACCCCGUAGGACUUUGGUCUAAAGUAGUGUACUAUAUAGGGGAUAGAAUGCUGUUUGGGUUGACGUUGCUUCAGUAUGUUGGGGCUUCGUCCAACAGGAUAAUUGGGUCAUAAUGCUGUUUUUAUAGACAGUACCUCCAUUUAACCUGGGUUAAUAUUGUUCCUCUAUUUACGUGGACUUAUGCCUGUUUGGAGUGUGAAAUAGGCUGCUCUUGGUAUUUUUGGGACCAUUCCAUUGUUUCCGUUCUGCCAUUCAACCUCACUGAAACCUGGCUUUUAGUCUUAAAAAUACAACAAUACAUAAACCCAGAUUUUGCAAAAAUGAAUACUUUUUAUGGAGCCUUACCGGAACUAGGAAGGCAGAGUAUAAUUUGGUCAAGUGCUGAUUCCUCCUGAUGACCUGGUUUGUGAUGACCGCUUCAUCAGGGUCAAGGGCGGGAUCAACAAUGAGUUGUAUAGAAGUCAACUAGAUUAACAUUGAGAUGUCUUGAGUGACUCUGUCCAUACAGACUCUGUAAUGGCUAUCUAUCCAUUUCUAUGUGUAUGACACAAUGCAGAGUGCUAGACUUAGCUGUGGUUUAUUGGCCAAGCAUCAAAUACAUUAAGUGGUAUUUAUUUUCUCAUACCCAGGUUAUCAGGUCUGACUUGCCAUGGCAAUUAGCCAAUCGGCAUUCAGAACCAAUAACCACACUGUUUAUAUACUCGUUGGAUGUUCUUUUGGAGGUGUCGUAUUGUAUGGCAUAUUUUAGAGGAACAGGACAAUCUUGGGACAAACUGUCCUGAUGUAGGACAUCAGAUCGUAUAUAGAAAUGAAUUGAUAUGUGGUUGAUAUCACAAUCUGCUCUCUGUUGAGUCACAUGAAUUUAAGUGCUCUGUCCUUAUCAAUAAAUCAAACUGAAAAUGA